GCCACACUCCCUCUCUACUCUUCUCUCCCUCACUCUCACACACACAUUCAGUCAUUGUGGUCUCCAUUUCAUGUUCAUCAUCUUAUGAUUCAUGAUUUUUAUGAUUUGAGGUUUUGGGGACGGAACCCAACUCGAGCAUGUUACGGUGUUGUUGUUUGAGUUCUUGGCUCUCGUGCCCGACGCUUCGUUGCCACCAGCAACGGAUUUUCGUCGGGGACACAUCACGGCAGCAGCGCAGAGAGAGGGGAAAUUGCUUGUGCGUCGGGGUUCGUCACCAGUAGUAGCAGAUUGCGCGUGGGUGUUCAAUGGAGGUCGUUCGUCUCGCUGAUCAAGGAGAUGUUGCUGCGCUGUUUUGCGAAUUCUUGGAGGUUUGCAUUCACCAGCUUCUGAGUGUGCGAGAAGUGUACCCGCCAGCGAUCUUUGAAAGGCGGCGGUAUUUUAAUGUUCCUGUACAGUGGGCUCGUCAUCCUGAUUUGAGGGAGUACAUACAUUCAGCGGUCUCCAACCUCCAGACUUGGAUCCAGCAAGGUGCAGCGGAGAAAAUCGCAAUAAAGUUUCUGGACGCUAACCAAAUUCCAGUGGAGAAGGUUAUCUUCAAGUUGUGUCUCAAGAAGCUGACAGGGACAGGAUUGCCCGCACAACACCUUGAAUUCGCUCUUCGAGGCUUCCUCCUCAAGAUCUGCGUUAGUAACUCUGCGCUGCCACCUUUACCUCCAGACUGUUCGUGGGAGCUGGUUGCUUAUAUGAAGUCACUCUCUGCUGACAAUGCCAGCAAAUCUCAGUUCUGGAUACCUGCUGAUCCUAACGACCGUUCGAACCAGAGCUUCACAAUCACAACCAUCAAGUCAAUGCGUAGCAGCUACUUGGACAUGCAGUUGUACGUCGAACGCCCUGGAGUAGAACCUCAAAAAGAGAGUAAAACGGAGCCUUAAUGGAACGUGUGGGUUCUGGAGCUCAAUCUCUCGUACGUGUGUUCAUUCCAAACGUGGCAUGGGUACCUGUAGCAGUCGUAUUCUUCGCAUCUUCGCAUCUUCGCUUUUGGAGAAAUAUGAUUCUGUUACAGAAAGCGCUUUUCCAGGAGCUUUUUGUGGAUACACAGGGUUUAGAAAUUUAGGUUGGGGUUAACAUUACACUCUUUGUGGCGCGAUCCUGAACUUUAAGUUGCAAUCCUUGUGGAAUUUAGUUGCACUGACGGGGUUUUGCUCUUU